UUCGCUUUCUUAAGUAAUCGACCUUCACUUGUUUUUUUAUUCCGAAUCAUAUUGUACUUGUACCAGCGACUUUUGUAGGGGAAAAUGUAGACAUGAAUGGACCGUAUAAGAUGAAUGUGCUGUUAAUUCCGGCCUUUAUACUGAUGCCCAGCCCAGCCCAUGCGGCCCAAGUGCACAAGCAGCACAUCCCAUCCAUUCGACGCAACAGAACUAACACUGGCAGACAUCCGGCCCACGCAGCAACACGUUAUCGACAAGCACGUCUCCUUCCUUCCCCACCCACUGCUCCACCUCCAUCCUCCAUGGCUCCUCCGCCGCGGCGAAACCCGCCGCACCAGAACCCCACCCGGAGGAAGGGCGAGGAGCCGUGGCUCGCCGCGAGCCUCCGCCCGGCGAACUUCCUCCCGGGCCUCGCCAUCGGGUUCCUCCUAGGCCUCCUCCUCGACUUGUCCUCGUCGUGGAGGCCCAAGUCCAGCCCCGCGCCGGCUCCGGCCGCCGCACCCGCGCGGGCCUCCAGCUCCAAGCGGGCGUCGGGGACCUCGUUUGCCUCGGGCGGCGAGGAGCUUAAGAUGGUUUUAGUGGUGCGUCAGGACCUCAAGAUGGGGGCUGGUAAAAUAGCUUCCCAAUGUGCCCAUGCAGCGACUGGCUUGUACGCAGAAUUGUUGUCAAGCAAUCGGGGUUUACUUAGACAAUGGGAGCAACUUGGACAAGCUAAGAUUGUUUUGACAUGCAAGAAUCAACAGGAAAUGAACAGGCUAAAGGAAACUGCAGAACAUAGAGGUAUUCCUACAUUUAUUGUAGCUGAUGCAGGCCGCACACAGGUGCUGGCUGGAUCCAAAACAGUUCUUGCAAUAGGACCAGGGAGGAAAGCUGACAUCGAUUCAGUUACUGGGAAACUGCGUUUGCUGUGAUCUUCAGCUGCCUCUCGGAGAUGGUCAACCUCUGUUCUACUGAUUUCUUCAUAUGGUUGUUUUACUGUCUUGCCAACGCCAACAUAUCUGGUUAUUAACUGGACAUUACAAGAUUCAUGAUAGUCACUAAUUUGAGAGCCCUUAUUUCAAAAUCAUAGUAGGAAAAAAUACUUGAUUAUGCAAAUCAGCAAAUCCCAUCUUAAGCAAUCAGUGUAUGUUUUGCAACCACUUAAGAGCUUGUUCGGUUAUUCCCAAUACACAUGGAUUGGAUGGGAUUGGAAAAAAUUGAGAAGAAGUUUGACUUGUUUGGGAUUCAAACCCAUCCAAUCCCACUCAAUCCACAUGGAUUGAGAGCUAACCGAACAAGCCCUAAUGUGGAUAAUUACUGCUAAAAUAGGUUGCGUUUUCUCUCUCUACAGAGUACUGUCUUCCCAGUUGAAGAGCCCUGCGCCCCGUUUAGCAUCAGAAACAGUUGCCUGUCGUUGUAGCCGUUUGAAGGUUAACCUGAUGUUUAUUCGUGAAGUUGUAAGUUUUAGGUGGCCCAUUUGAGAUGCCAUGGCAUACAAGAGAUUUCUUGUUGAGACAAUCCUCAUUAUGCCAUAAAAAAUUAUAUCAUCCCUUGUGUGUCACUAGCUCUAUAUAUCAUACAACCAAAAAUAUCUUGCGUUCCAACUAUUUAUAGUAAAUUUCUAUAUGAAAAUCCAUGAGCUACUAUAAUCUUAUUUUAUUGAAAACCAAACAUUCAAAAAAAAUAGAAUGAAGCUACUCUAUUCUUUCUCACUUCAAUCAAACACACCCUUAGUUAUCUAUCCAAGAGCUACUAUAAUCUUAUUUUAUUGAAAACCAAACAUUCAAAAAAAAAAAAGAAUGAAGCUACUCUAUUCUUUCUCACUUCAAUCAAACACACCCUUAGUUAUCUUGACCAGGACGGACUCGACCGGCUAGCCGUAGCGAGGCACCUUACCUGCAAUGCUAAGAACAUAGAGUCCACUAUACAGUACGAAUUCCUAUGCCUCUUUCUGCCACGGUAAAAUAGAGGAAUUUGUCAAAAUAGGUCGUUCUAAACUGCCGCUCUGCAAAAUACGCCCGCGCUAGCUCAGAUCGUAAAAAUGGGUCGCUCAAGCGCUGCCACUCGCCAGGAGAGGUCACGACAGCUUCUGGUGUACCUGGCAGGUGGGCCCAGUUGCUCCCUGCCCAUUUUGCCCUUACGGCCGUUCACAACGCCGUCUUCUCCCUCCAUUAACCGAAGCAUAUCGAGCUCUCAGUGUCCGCUCUCUGCUGCUCUCUGGCUCUGGAACGCCGCUCUCCUCGCGCUCUCAGUGUCCGCCGCCAUCGAUCUGCACGGCCUGGCCGGCGACGGCGACGACUACCCCCACUCCUCCUCUGCAGGUGAUCUCCCCCCUUCCCUCUUCCCCUGUUCGCUGACAUAUCCGCUACCCUCUGUAACGUUUACGUACCCAGUUGGUUCAUCCAGGGGGUCGUGCAAGCCAUUGGAAUAGAACUGCGAAGACGUCUGCCACUCCUCCCCUUUGCAGGUAACUUUUGCCCACCCCACCCCUCUGUCGCGGCGUCGCGGUGCUCAAUCCGGGCGGCUCCCAAGUUCUAUCGCCGCUGCGGCAGCGCCAUAUAUUCAAAAUAUGUUUGACCAUUAUGUGUAAUAAUUUGUGCUAACACUAGAUAUAGGUGGUGACAAUUUCGUGCUCGCAUCAUGGAUGGUAAUGAUGAUGGCACCAUGUCUAUUGACUGGAAUAGCUUUAUUAUUGAGAAUGCUGAAAAUAAGGAUAAUUGGGAGACGGGUGAUAUGUUUAGAAUCUGUGAUGAGGAUGAGAUGUAUGUGUUCUUGGGACUUGGAGAUGAGGAUGAGGAGAUAAAUCGAACCCACCCGGAACCAAGCAACUUUGCAUCUCAUUUUACAUCGGAAAGUAAUAGUUUUGAUCCAAGCGAUGUAGAUGCUGCAUGCCAGUUGAUGAUGAAAAUCCAGAAAUGGUCAAUAUAUUGCACGAUGUUGACCACCCUGAUCUGAAGUUGGGUACUCUUUAUCCAUCGAUGAAAGAGUUUAGGCUAGCUGUGAGGCAAUAUGCUAUAAAUGAGGAGUUUGAGCUUGGCAUAACAAAGUCGGAUAGAAAUAGAUAUAGAGUGUACUGCAAAGGGAAUGAUUGCACAUGCCCUUGGAAACUGAAUGGUUCUACAAGGCCAGAUUCUAGUGUUAUGGUACUAACCUUUCUUCUAUUUCUCUCCAAUUGUAUAUUUUUGUUCACAAAAGUUGGUGUUACUUACAUCCUUUUUUGUUUUGUAGGUUACCGUCCUAGUGAAUGAGCAUAAAUGUGCUUCAAGCAGCCGGAUUAGUUAUGGGAAUGCCAAUCAAGCAUGGGUAGCACAGAAGGCCUUGCCUUUACUAAGAAAUGAGCCUUCACUUGGUGCUAAGACUUUGCAAAAGAGGUUACAAGACACAUACAACUGUAGGGUCAGUUAUGAUGUGACAUGGAAAGAAAUGCAAGAAGCUCUAAAAGAGAUGCAUGGCAAUUAGGAUGAUAGUUUCAGUAUGUUGUACAGGUGGAAGGAAGAAGUUUUGAUAAAAGCCCCUCAUAGUGUGGUGGAGAUAGACACCCAAGUUGUAGAUGAAAAUGUCUACUUCCAUAGAUUUUUCUGUGCACUUGAGCCUUGUAUAGAAGGGUUUCGUGCUGCUUGUAGGCCUUACCUUAGUGUGGAUUCAACUGCACUCAAUGGUAGAUGGAAUGGUCACCUAGCAGCUGCAACAGCGUUAGAUGGACACAAUUGGAUGUACCCGGUUGCGUUUGGGUCAUGGAGUCUGAGAGCAAGGAUAAUUGGGUUUGGUUUAUGACACAGCUUCGAAGGGCCAUAGGGAAUAUGGAGAAACUAGCUAUUUGUACUGAUGCCGGCAAAGGUUUGAUGACUGCUGUGGAACUACUUUUCCCACAAGCUGAUAAGAGAGAAUGUUUCAGACAUUUGAUGCAAAAUUUCAUCAAAAGAUUCCAUGACAAUAGUUACAGAGGAAUGUAUCCUGCUGCAAGAGCAUAUAGACAAGCUGAAUUUGAUAGACAUAUUGGGCCCAUUUUGCAUUCUGACCCUGAAGUGAUUACCUGGCUAAAUAGAGAUCACAAGUUCAAGUGGAUGAGGAGUACUUUUGAUCCAGAUAUCAAAUGCGACUACAUCAACAACAAUUUAGCAGAGUGUUUCAACAACUGGGUCAAAGACCACAAAGACCUACCAGUAGUUCAACUAGCAGACAAGAUUAGAGAGCUUAUUCUGGUCUUAUGGGAGAAAAGGAGGAGAAUUGGUGGCAAACUAUGUGGAACUAUCUUGCCAGCUAUAGUACAUCAAUUGAAUAUAAGGUCUAGAGGACUUGGUCAUUUAAAAGUUUUAAAUGCUGGAAAUGGUCAUGCUGAGGUUUUUGAUAAUAGCCCCAAACAAGAAAGACAUAUUGUUGAUCUAGGAGCGCAAGAGUGCUCAUGUCUGGAGUGGCAGCACACUGGGAAACCUUGUGACCAUGCCAUAGUUGUCAUCACUAGUUUUAGAAGUGAAAAGAUCGAAAACUAUGUUCAUGAUUUUUAUUCAGUACAAAAGUUUAGAUAAGCAUACUGUAGAGUCAUCUAUCCUAUAAGGGAUCGUUCACAGUGGCCUAAAGUUGAUAUGGUCCCUGUUGUAAAAGGACCUUUAGCAAAACGAGGUGUUGGUAGGCAAAGAAAAUUACGAAUGAAAGGUUGUCUGGAAGGUGGGAGUAAACCUAAGACAACCAAUAAAGAAGGUGUCAGGCAAAUGAAAAGAGGCCCUAUACGAUGCAAAAAAUGUGGAGAGCUUGGUCAUAGACAAACAAGUUAUAAGUGCCCACUAAAUGGUACCCAAAAAAGGAAUAGGAAACUAUGUAAGAUUUGAAAUAUGUUGUGUGAACUAUGUGUUAUUUGAGACCAUGUGAAGUGUAAGACCAUGUGAAAUAUGUUGUGUCAACUAUGCUUGUAGGCCUUAUUUGAGACCAACAAUUUGUUCAUUUGUUAUCUGUUUUUUGA